GCCACAAGCACAGAAAAGGAUGGGAGGUAGGAUAAUGAAAAGAACUCCUAGGUCUGUGACAGACGAACAACCAAUCAUUUCAGUCUGAUCAGUAUAGGAUAUGAUGUCUGUGGUCUGCAAAUCCAACCAGGAAAUCGUGCGUCUCGGGUCGACUAGGAUACAGAAUAAAGCAUCUGCUCAAUCAGAAAAUAACAUUUUGCUCUAUAGGCGAAUACAUAAGACAUUGAAAACAUCACACCAUAGCCUUUUGAAAUGUGCAGUGCUACAGUAGGCUUAUUGGAAAACGUUCAAUGAAGACCGGUGCGCAUAUGCGCGUUCCGCAUCCUUUGCGCGUGUCCAUGAUUUAUGUGGGCUAACUCUGAAUGAAUACAUUUGAAGGCGAAUCCGAUUCACGUCGAGUUCGGAAGUAAUUUCACAUGUUAAACAGAAGAUGUUCGCUCACAUGACUUGGUCUUGUGACCAGCACAUGUCAUGAUGUCAGAAGUAGAGUAGAGGAAGAAAGGACCAGCAUCAACAACAUUGGAAAAUUGGAAUUCAGGAGCUGUAACAUCCCGUCAGCACUAAAAAAAGAAAAGAAGCUCCCUGUUGUCAAAAACAACAUCAAAAUACUAGGAACGAUUGAAAUGGCGAAGCUUGGUAAAAAGCUGACAGGUCUUGUGGCUGCAACAUUCACUCCCCUGACAUCUGAAGGUGAGAUUAACCUGCCAGUGAUUGAGCCGUACGUUGACUACUUGGUGUCAAAACAAGGAGUCCGGAAAGUGUUUGUUAACGGCACCACUGGUGAGAGCGUGUCCCUGUCUUUGGACGAGAGGAAACGUCUGGUGGAAGAGUGGUGCCAAAAGGGCAAGGAUAAACUUGAGGCAGUGAUUGUCCACGUCGGUUGUUCAAGUCUCAAGGACUGCAAGGAACUGGCACGCCAUGCGGUGGAGGUAGAGGCUCACGGCAUCGCUCUCAUCUCACCAUCCUUCUUCAAACCACCCAAUGCUGCUGCUCUGAGGACGUUUCUCCAAGAGGUGGCAUCUGCGGCCCCCAGUCUUCCCUUCUACUACUACCACAUCCCAAGCAUGACAGGGCUUCACUUGCGUGCCUCUGAAGUGAUGGAGGGAAUUAAGGAAAUGAUCCCGUCAUUCAGCGGCGUGAAAUUCAGUGGCAGCGACCUCUUGGACUUUGGCCAGUGUGUCCAUAGCUACCCUGGCCACUGGUCAUACUUGUACGGAAUGGAUGAGCAACUCUUGGCAGCGCUUGCCCUGGGAGCAGACGGGGCAGUGGGCAGCACAUACAACUACAUGGGAAGUCACAUGAACAAUGUGCUUGCUGCCUCAGACAGUGGAAACCUGCCACAGGCCCGCACACAUCAGUUUCAGAUGCAGGAGAUUAUUCUCUUUGCAAUGAAGAAUGGGUUCGGCCUUGCCAUGAACAAGAAGAUCAUGUCAGACCUCUCUGGAUUGGCCCUUGGUCCUCCUCGUCUCCCUCUCGUAUGCUGCGAUGAGGCAAAGGCACACACUGUGGUCCAGAAACUACGCAGUGUCCUGGGAGACCAGUAAACGUAUGGGGACAGCAAUCCAAGGGACAUUAGGCGACUUCAGCAGACUUGAAACACCUCAUGGAGCCUGAAACUAGGUCUGGGACAGUAGAGUAUAGGCUAGUAGUUAGCAUUUGCUAGUAGAGGGCUAUGUAUAAGAACGGUUCAAGAAAUGUCUUUGUCUGACUUCAGGCAUGUAAAUAUCCCGCUGCCAUGUUAGUGCCAGUAAACUGUUAUUUUGUUUUGUCUGAUUUAUCAUAUGGAAAAUGUAUGGCUAUUUGGUUUCUGAGUGUGUUGACCCUUCACUUUGUGUGCAGAUCGCCUAUUUGUUUGUUUGUUUAUAUGUUUAAUCAUGUUUUAUCUGUAUUAUCUGUCUGAAAAACAACAAUGGUAGUUUGUGUAGAUUCUCAUUUACAGCUGUGGUAAUGUUGACUUUUCAGAUAAAGAGCAUUAGGGAUUAUAAAGGGAACUGACUAAACAUUGCACAACUGUUUUUUACAAGGGAAAUUAUGUGACAUUUUAAAUGUUUGAGUAUAGGCUACGCUUAUACUUUGAUUUUGACACUUUCUGAUGAAUUUCUACUUGAAACAGAUAAACCACAGUAUUAUUACAUACUUUUAUAAAUUUCACAUUUUGGAAACAUUUUACAUGGUGAAAUAAACAUUUCAAGCACAUUC